UUUCUUCAGAGAGCAAUCAACGAAAUGCCGAAAUUAAACAAGAAAUAUCUGGCAUUGGGAGUACUUGUACUGCAAACAACCGUACUUGUUCUUACACUCCGGUACUCACGGAAAGGUCACGAGAAGGAUGUGAAGUAUCUGUCUUCCACAGCCGUUGCCAUCACAGAGGUGAUAAAGAUGUUAAUAUCUUUGGCAGUCGUAUUUGGGCAGAAUGAUUAUUCAGUGUCUAACUUUAGAAAACAGCUGAACAGAGAAGUGAAGUUCUGGGACACAAUGCGGUUAAUUAUCCCGGCUGGGCUCUACACUGUGCAAAAUAACCUUCUGUUUCUCGCGCUCACCUAUUUGGAUGCAGCCACGUAUCAGGUUACAUAUCAACUAAAGAUAUUGACGACGGCCAUGUUUUCAGUCUUCAUGCUGGGAAAGUCCCUCAACAGGCUCAAGUGGUUAGCCUUAUUGGUGCUAAUGGCUGGUGUUACUCUUGUGCAGUGGCCCACUGAUGCUCCCGCCAACGCAGCCACAACGACUCAUGCAACCGCUUCUACUAGACUGGUUGGCUUAGUAGCCGUCCUUAUCGCCUGCUUCUCAUCAGGCUUUGCUGGUGUCUAUUUUGAGAAGUUGUUGAAAAAGUCCACGCAGUCUAUCUGGAUCAGGAACAUUCAGCUGGCAUUGUUUGGCAUCAUAUUUGGUUUUGGAGGCGUGUUCAUCUAUGACUAUCAACCCAUCCAGCAGAACGGCUUCUUCCAGGGUUACAACAGAGUAACAUGGAUCGUCAUACUAUUGCAGGCUUUUGGUGGUCUGGUGGUGGCAGCGGUCGUAAAAUAUGCAGACAAUAUCUUGAAGGGCUUUGCAACGUCAAUAUCCAUCAUAUUUUCAACUCUUGCAUCGUAUUUUCUUCUGGGAGAUUUUGAGCCUGCAGGCCUGUUCUUCGUGGGAGCACCCCUUGUUAUUACUGCAACAUUCAUGUAUGGCUACACACCUAGUCCAAUCAAGGUGGCUGACACGUCAAGAUUGUCAAUAAAAUCGAGCUGUCUAUCGGAGUGUGUAUCUGUCGCUUGGUUCGUUGGCUGACCACCCGCCUGCCAGUAACAAAACAGAUGAUUCUGAAACUAUGGCACUGGAGUCUUGGCAGCUGUGUGUCACAAGAAAACGCGCAAUGUCUUUCAUGGAGUAAACAUCGUUAUUAUCAGUAUAACAUGGACCGUCGAUGUGUGUGCAUAACGUGAACUGCUUCAACCGUUGCAAUUUCUGCAGUUUCUAUAUUUAAAAAAAGAUCGACUGAUAAUUGGAAUGUUGCAAUGAAGCUUUUAAGUAGAGAAUCAUUAUGUUCUGUAUAGCCGGUUGAUAGCAGCUCUGGGAUUUCAUAGAGCUCUGUAAAAGUACACGCAUGUCAUUUAAAUAUUUAAAUACUAGCACUUGCAAGGCUGAUUGAGUGUCCGUGUGUUCACAAAUCGACGAGUACCACCUAUUGAAGCCAUAGAACUGAUAGAUUUAGCCUCAGAAAUAUCGGAGGUUCUCUCGCUGCAUUUAUUGCUGGUUGUGAUCUAUGCACAUUAUAUUGAAAAUUAUAAAUAACCUUGUAUGCAUGUAUAGCAGUGGAGGGUUUUGUUAGCACCCAAAAAUUUAGUGUGCUGGACUUUGUUCACACGGUAGUUAUUCAUGGCAUUCAGGGCAAUAUUUACGAUUGCUAAUACUAAGGUGAGGUUUUUUACUAUGCACAAAAACACAUUUAAUCCGAGCCGCACUUUUUCGCCAGUCUAGUCGCAUGUACGCUAUACAUUUAAAAAAAAUAGUUUGUGCACAAAGUCGGUUGUUUUGCUAUCGUUAUCAAAUGAGGUAAGUUAUAAUAAGCUAUUUUUAUGCCAUUCCGUUCAUGCGUUGUUACUGUGCUGCUGCAUUAUUGCGCGAGUGCUACUGUUGAUUCUCAUUUAUUGAAUUAUUCUCGCUUAUUGAAACUUGAAAUGUGUCCAAGUCUCUUUUAUAGACGUGUCUUCUAUGAUCGCCAGCUAAUACCAGACGAUUAUUUAUCAUUAAUGUUGUAAUCAUAGUUAAUAAUAAAUACAUAUUUGAACUGCUACCACUAGCUAGUGGACAUAGCUGAUUCACUCUUGGCAUUAAUGACUCCUCGGUACUCAUGGUCGCUUUUUUAUUGCAUUAUUCGUCUCUUAUUUGCGUUAGAUGGUACACUUUGUUCCACGUUGUGAAAGAGAAGUAUGGUAUGUUGCAAUAUAAAACUGACAGAAGAACGUGUGUAAAAUGUUCUAGCUGUGAUAUUUUAAUCGGCACUUUACUCUGUUGGUCUCCACACUGGAGGUCAGUUGCUGUUAUAAAGCAUAAAUAUAGGUGAUUUAAUGCAAUGCUAUUAGUCAGCCAAUUUCUCUACACCUUGCUGCGCAUUUUGUUGCAAUGUUCAUAAUAAAGACUGCGAACCUAUCAAUCUCA